GUACAAUUGGUUGGAAAACACGUAAAUGUAAACUGGUUUUGAGUUCAGGGUCAAUUUGAUAUAAGAUUACUCCUAUACUAAAUGUUUCGGAUUGGAAGUUUAUCUAAAAAAAAAACCCAGUGCGAAGUUGUGAUAACCUUUUGAACUAACGUAGUUCAAUAAAAAAAACCAAAGAUAACAUAAAAUAGAAGAACAAACAAACAAAGAAGAUGAAGUUAUGGAUAAUAUUAACACUGGCAACUUUUGUACACACCCAAGACUUAAAAAUAAGACAAGCAGAAAUGAAAUUGAAAACAUUAUUUUCGGAAGAACCUCGUGCAGGGAAAGGAGCUACCUGCGGCGGAAUUGUCGGCGAGUUAGACGACUCGUGUAAUGAGUGUUAUUUAUGCGAUGAUGAGAAGCUCAAAUCGUACAAAACGGAACCGAAGAGAUUACAAUUGAAGAGUGUGGAUUGCGUUACUGUUACAACGGUGUGCUGUGUCCCUCAACUGAACUUAGGAACCAGGGCACACGGUGGCACGUGUGGUAAAACGACAGACCACGUAAUUUCAAUAAAUGGAAGAAGCCAAAAAAAGUCAACAGUCCGUUCAGUACUUUUCGGUGAAUACCCUUGGAGGGCGUGGAUUUACAGAAAGGAAAGAUACGGCGAUAGCAAAGUAUUAUGCGCGGGGACCGUUGUUGGGGAAAGUACUGAGGUUGUGAUGACAUCAGCAAGUUGCCUCCAAGGUCUGUCUUCAAGUGACGUAGCAAUUAGCUUCAUUAAGAACAGCGAUGACGUCAUCAACGUUCGUAAAAUUAUCAUCCACCCGUCUUACACACCAAGUAAAAAGCAUGAGAAUGACAUCGCCUUAGUUGUGUUGAGCCGUGCACAGCGCGCGCCGGGCUGGGUGAGCCCCGCCUGUCUCCCCGCUGCGCCGCCGUUACCUGCGACCACAUGCAUCACUAUGUCGGACAAUAACUCCUAUAUAACAACAGUGGUGCCCUUACCUAAGAGAUGUGAGUCCUUCAAUGUAAAGUCGGCGUUAGGACAAAUCUGCGCGGUGUUGCCUCUCAACGACUACCAACCGGAGAAGGGGACGGCUUUACUCUGCCAAGAUGAGCUACGUCAAAACGACGACGCAUACUACGUAGCGGGUAUAGUGCUAGCAACAAGUGAGUCUGUAAUCACAACCACUGCUGUACAUCAAUACUACGAUUGGAUACUCGAUAGAGUCGACGAAAGUUCCGCUAACUAAUCUAGACUCGUUUACUAUCGUUAAAAGUCUAUCGAACUUUAAACCAGCUUUGACUAAACUCUCGCAGUUUAUAUGUCUAAAUAAAAUAGAUUAGUUUGACAAUUCUUUUGACGAUUAGUAAGU